AUGGCACAUUCAAUGAGCUUGAUCUCUAUCGGCCUCACAUUUGAUCCGAUACCUAAAACUAAAGUCAGUGUGCGUGGAAGGUUAAAUCCAAGAUCUUCAGCACGGCUUCAAAUUCGGGCAGUGCAGGAAAACGGUGGACAACGGAGACUAGUGGACAUUAUUAGACUCGUGCCUGACCUCUCAAAGAAUUACUUUAGAAGUCCCUCCCGCAGAACUUUGUUUGGUGGAAUCUCCUUGUUGGGUGGAUUUUACGUUGCACAAACGAUUUCACUGUCUUUUGGAGCUCUUGGAGUCAAUGAUGUUAUUGCGGCAGUGGUAUGUGUUCUCCUUACCGAGUAUGUGACUAAGUUCUAUUACAGCCGGCCAAAAGUUACUUUCCCUGUUGCUCUCCUCAACAACUUCAAAAUGGGCUUCACUUAUGGUCUUUUCAUUGAUGCCUUUAAGCUUGCCAGUUGA